AUGGCUCGAUUUUGUUUCCGGAGCCUCCGUUUCUUUGUUGUAUUCGCGGUUGGUGUUGUUGUGUUCGCGAGAGACUGUGUUUGCGAUGAAUCGAAGAGCGACGAGUUGGAGCGUGACUUUUCUAUAACUGAUUUCGAUUGGAACCUUUUUCAUCAGGAUUACUCUCCGCCGGCUCCGCCUCCACCACCGCCUCAUCCGCCAUCGGUGUCGUGCGUGGACGAUCUCGGCGGGGUUGGUUCUCUGGACACCACGUGCAAUAUUGCGAAUGACGCGAAUCUUACUCGCGACGUGUAUGUGGCAGGGAAGGGGAAUUUUAACAUUCUACCCGGGGUGAGGUUUCAUUGUGAGAUUCCUGGGUGCAUGAUUACCGUUAAUGUUACUGGUAAUUUUAGUUUAGGUGACAACUCGUCGGUUCUCGCCGGAGCUUUUGGGUUGGGAGCAGAUAAUGCUGUUUUUGGGAAUUUUUCGGUGGUGAACACGACAGCUAUGGCGGGGCCGCCUCCACCUCAGACGAGUGGGACUCCUCAUGGGGUUGCUGGGGGUGGCGGGGGCCACGGAGGGAGGGGUGCCAGUUGUUUGGUGGACACAACGAAGCUUCCGGAGGAUGUUUGGGGAGGGGACGCUUAUUCGUGGGCUUCCCUGCAGCAACCAGAUAGUUUUGGGAGCAGUGGUGCGUCCACAAGCAAGGAUAGUGACUAUGGUGGGUUGGGUGGGGGGAUUGUGAGCAUGGUUGUUGUUAAAGUUAUUGAGAUGAAUGCAACUCUUUUGGCUGAUGGGGGUAAUGGAGGGACCAAGGGUGGAGGUGGCUCCGGUGGCAGUAUCUACAUCAAGGGUUAUAGAAUGACUGGUAGUGGGAUGAUAAGUGCUUGUGGAGGUAAUGGUUACGCAGGUGGAGGAGGUGGCAGAGUUUCAGUCGAAGUUUUCAGUAGGCAUGAUGAGCCCACAAUUUAUGUCCAUGGUGGUAGUAGCUUUGCCUGUCCUGAAAAUGCAGGAGCAGCCGGGACUCUUUAUGAUGCAGUUCCUCGAAGCCUUAUAGUUGAUAACUAUAACAUGACAACUGACACAGAGACACUUCUCUUGGAUUUUCCUUAUCAGCCCCUUUUGACUAAUGUUUAUGUCCGUAACAAGGCUAGGGCCACCGUUCCAUUGCUUUGGAGUCGUGUUCAGGUGCAAGGACAGCUAAGUAUAUUGCAGGGUGGGGUACUGAGCUUUGGGCUGCCACACUAUGCUUCUUCAGAGUUCGAGUUGUUAGCUGAAGAGCUGUUGAUGAGUGAUUCUGUGAUGAAGGUAUUUGGAGCUUUACGCAUGUCUGUAAAAAUGUUCUUGAUGUGGAACUCAAAAAUGCUCAUAGAAUGCGGGGAAGAUAUAACAGUGGCAACGUCUUUGCUUGAGGCUAGUAAUUUGAUUGUUCUCAGGGGGUCUUCUGUGAUACAUUCUAAUGCUAACCUUGGAGUUCAUGGGCAAGGUUUACUGAAUUUAUCCGGCCCAGGAGACUGGAUUGAAGCACAACGUUUGGUUUUAUCUCUAUUUUAUAGUAUUCACGUUGGGCCUGGAUCUGUCUUGCGUGGUCCAUUGGAGAAUGCAACAACUGAUGAUGUUACUCCAAAACUUCACUGUGACAACAAAGACUGCCCGUAUGAAUUACUUCACCCUCCUGAAGAUUGCAAUGUGAACUCAUCCUUGUCUUUUACACUUCAGGUCUGCCGUGUUGAGGAUGUCCUUGUUGAAGGCCUUAUAAAAGGUUCUGUUGUUCAUUUUCAUAGGGCAAGGACAAUAAGUAUCGAAUCUUCUGGAACAAUAUCUGCCUCUGGAAUGGGUUGUACUGGUGGUCUGGGUCAUGGAAAUAUUCUAAGUAAUGGUAUUUGCAGUGGUGGUGGGCAUGGCGGUAAAGGUGGAAAAGCAUGUUCCAGUGACUAUUGUGUUAAGGGUGGAAUCUCAUAUGGAACUCCAGAUCUGCCCUGUGAACUUGGUAGUGGAAGUGGAAAUGGAAGCUCAACUGGUACCACAGCUGGGGGUGGUAUCAUAGUAAUUGGAUCAUUAGACCACCCUUUGUCAAGUUUGUCAAUCAAAGGUUCUGUAAAUGCCGAUGGAGAGGAUUUUGAUCCAGCAAUUAGAAGGGAAAAAUUUGUUAUUUUUGAUAAUUUUACCGGAGGCCCUGGAGGUGGAUCUGGUGGCACUAUUCUAUUAUUUCUCCAUAGCCUUGCCAUUGAUGAAUCAGCUAUUCUUUCUAGCAUUGGGGGAUAUAGUGGUAUUAGUGGAGGUGGCGGUGGAGGCGGGGGAAGAAUUCAUUUUCAUUGGUCUGACAUUCCUACUGGAGAUGUUUAUCAGCCCAUUGCAACUGUGAAAGGAAACAUUCAGUCUGGGGGAGGAAAGGGUAAAGGCUUGGGUGGCUCUGGAGAAAAUGGGACGAUAUCUGGGAAAGCUUGUCCCAAAGGACUUUACGGUACAUUUUGUGAGGAAUGUCCAGCAGGCACUUACAAGAAUUCUACUGGAUCUGAUAGUUCACUUUGUCAAGUUUGUCCUGUUCACGAGCUUCCUAAUCGUGCUGUUUAUGUUUCAGUUCGAGGCGGCAUUACUGAAGCCCCUUGCCCUUACCAAUGCGUUUCAGACCGAUAUCACAUGCCAGACUGUUAUACAGCUCUUGAAGAGUUAAUUUAUACAUUUGGUGGACCUUGGUUAUUUGGUCUUUUACUUACGGGUCUCUUGGUCCUCUUAGCUUUGGUGCUUAGUGUCGCAAGAAUGAAAUUUGUUGGUGUUGAUGAAUUACCAGGCCCAGCACCCACGCAACAUGGUUCUCAAAUAGAUCAUUCCUUCCCUUUCUUGGAGUCUCUGAAUGAGGUCUUGGAGACAAAUAGAGUUGAGGAGUCUCAAAGUCAUGUUCAUAGAAUGUACUUCAUUGGACCUAAUACUUUCAGUGAACCCUGGCAUCUGCCACAUACACCUUCGGAACAAAUACAUGAUAUUGUCUAUGAGAGUGCAUUCAAUACAUUUGUGGAUGAGAUUAAUGCUAUAGCUGCUUAUCAAUGGAGAUUGAAGUUGCAACGAUUGCGUGAAUUUGUUCGAUCAGAGUAUGACCAUGCUUGCCUUCGUUCUUGCCGAUCACGAGCUCUCUAUGAAGGGAUUAAGGUAAAUGCGACUUCUGACUUGAUGCUUGCAUAUGUGGACUUCUUUCUUGGUGGGGAUGAAAAGAGAACAGACCUGCCUCCUCGAUUACAUGAAAGGUUCCCAAUAACAUUGCUUUUUGGGGGUGAUGGAAGUUAUAUGGCUCCAUUUACCCUUCACAAUGAUAAUAUCCUUACUAGCCUCAUGAGUCAGUCAGUUCAGCCUACAACAUGGUAUCGAUUGGUUGCUGGGCUGAAUGCACAAUUACGGUUAGUGCGCCAUGGACGACUAAGGGUAACAUUACGACCUGUUAUCAGAUGGCUUGAGACUCAUGCCAAUCCUGCUUUGAGUGUCCAUGGUGUUCGUGUUGAUCUUGCAUGGUUUGAGACUACCAGUGUUCGCUAUGGCCACUAUGGGCUUGUGGUCUAUGCUCUCGAAGGAGGUUAUCCGGACACUAGAGGAAGUAUUGAUGGAGCAUUAAGAACUGAGGAAACAUCGCGAGUUCCGUCUGUUAAAAAGGAACAUCACUCGGGGCUUGCAAGUGGAGCUGACUUAAGUCCUGGUGGAAGAAUUGAGAACAAUUGUUUGAGGCGGAAGAUGCAAGGAGUUUCUUUAGAUGUGAACAAUUUGCAGAUGCUUGACGAGAAGAGGGAUAUCUUUUAUUUUCUCUCUUUUAUACUUCAGAAUACAAAACCUGUUGGGCACCAGGAUCUUGUUGGUUUAGUAAUCUCAAUGUUGCUUCUAGGAGAUUUUAGUUUAGUAUUACUUACCCUGCUUCAGUUGUACUCAAUUUCUUUGGUGGAUGUAUUUCUUGUAUUGUUUAUAUUACCUUUUGGCAUUCUUCUCCCAUUUCCUGUUGGAAUCAAUGCUCUUUUUAGUCAUGGACCAAGGCGUUCUGCAGGCCUUGCACGUCUAUAUGCUCUGUGGAACCUUACGUCCUUUAUAAAUGUUGUGGUUGCAUUUUUAUGUGGAUAUAUUCAUUACAGCUCUCAAUCCUCUUCCAGCAAAAGACAACCCAGCAUUCAGCCUUGGAAUAUCAUGGACGAAAAUGAAUGGUGGAUUUUUCCAGCCGGACUGGUUUUGUGUAAGUUAUUCCAAUCUCAACUCAUUAAUUGGCAUGUUGCCAAUUUGGAAAUUCAAGACCGUUCCUUGUAUAGUAAUGAUUUUGAGCUGUUCUGGCAGUCAUGA